AUGACUUAUUUCGUGAUUGCUGAUGCUGUUUCCGUUAUCGUUAGUGAUCUCAAUCAAUUAAAAGCUGCUUUUGGAUUUGCCAGAGAAAAAUUGAAUAAUGUGAGAAUAGUUCUGAAUAAUGCAGCUAUAUUAGCUGAAUCAAUUUGGGAGAAGAUGAUUGAUAUCAAUGUGAAAGCCAGUAUUCUCGGAACUAAGCUUGCUGCCGAGCUUAUGGCAGGCCACGAUGGUGUUAUUGUGAAUACCAGCUCAUAG